AUGACAUCCUUAAACACCACCCUGAAUGAUAUAAUCAUUCAACUACAGUCUCAAAUCUGCUUUCUUGAAGAUUUCAUCUCGGAACGCAACGAGCUCAUUACUUACCUUGAAGUACUAUACUCAGAUAUUCUCGCGCGAAAGAUCCGCUUCGAAGCACUGAUGGGGACUAGACAUGCACAUGAGCCCGAUGAUAUUGUGAGGUACCAGAGUAUAUGUUUCAUGCUUCUGGAUAUAGAGGCAUGUAUUGAGGAAAUGCGGGACCGCCUUCUGGAUUAUGAUAUGGAAUUUGAUGGUCUCUGGAGACAGCUGCGUGCAGCAGUUUUGGCGGAACAAUGA